GCUGGAUAGAACACAGAGGUCAACUACAUUACUCAAAGCCUUCCGGCAAUAUCCCUUACACUGUCGCAGACAACAGCACGCCUUCCUAACAAAUAGUUGCUGUACCGUUGAAAACGCCAACAAGGACCUUCCACGGAACCUCGGAGAAAACACAUUCAAUUGGGUUACAUCAAAGAAAGAAUAUUCCACAGCCAGAGCCAUGGACUCCUCAAGGUUGGCCCUCGAAAACUCGGACCUCGAAAAGCUCAACGACAAAGAUAAGCUUGAACUCCGCCAGUUCCUCGCCAACGAGCAACAGAGAUCCCAGAUUCAGUCACAAACCCAUGCGCUCACCGAGAUUUGCUGGAAGAAGUGCGUCACUGGCUCGAUUCGGAACUCCAAACUGGACAAGGGCGAAGAGGGAUGCCUGGCCAACUGCGUUGACAGAUUCCUUGAUGUCAACUUUCUGACAAUGAAGCACCUCAACAACAUGCGCUCUGGUUAGAAUUUUUUUUGCCCUAGUAAAAAUAUGGAACAGACUCCAGGGGAGGCUAGUAGACGGGAUAACGAGCCACGAUCGAAAAGUAGUUCGUGUACGAACGUCUCGUGUAAAGCACAUGUAGAACUAUGAUGUAAAGAAUAGAGUGGUACAUUACAACAUCACUAGCCAGACUUGCAAUAACAACGGCUA